GUUUUUGCCUUGUUUUGGAACAAUUUGAUGCUGAUCAAUGCGCGUUUUGCAACACUGCAGCAACAGCGGUCGACACUGACAAUUGAACGGCGGCAAUCAAAAUAGAAAGAAAAACCAACUGGAAAGCAUUAAAGAAGCAGGAUUUUCUAUACGUAUGUGUUCUUUGCUAUGUCCAAGCGCAACAAUAUAACCUACGUGAAGCCACAGGAACCCAGUUUUUUGGCCAAACUCAAGGCGGAAAUCGGCUACAAGGAGGGCCCCACCGUCGAUACAAAGCGCCAGAAACUCGAGGAACGCGACCAGGACCAGGACGACUACGAUUCCAGUGAGGAGCGGCCCGAGCGUGAGGACGAAAAGCCACAGAUUGUGGUCAUAACGAGUGGGGAUCUCACGGCUGACGAGGUGGCCCUCGAGCAGCAGCGCAUAGCGAAAGAAGAAGCUGAAAGGCCCGCGGAUUUAAACCAACCCAUUGUAUUUAAACAGCGCGUCAAGCAGCCCAAAAUCGAGUCGGAGGAAAAAGCUGAGAAAUCCCCCAAAGCAAAGGAUAAGCGCAAAAAGUCUAAGCCGAGCAGCAAAUUGUCAUUCAACGAGGACGAGGAGGACGCCGAAGCAGUCGAGGAUUGAAGCAUAUAAAGUAUCUAUUACCAAUUCCGCCAAUUCGAUUUGCUGUAUCUUCAACCAGGCAGCCUCUUUGUAUGGUUGUCCCCAGUGAAUGGUUAGGCAUCCUCGAGAACAGCAGCGACAUUUAUCGACCAAGAGGCACAUUCCAAAAACAACAGAACAAAACAACAAAUGACUGAAGUCGACGUCGUCUUGCCGGAGGGCGUUGCCGAGCCCACAACCAAACUACUUGCCAAAGCAGAAGCAGCGACGACGGCAGCAAACGAAGACGACGACGACAACAGCAGCAGCAGCG